GAGGACCUGCCGGAGAGCCAGUUCGCUUGUGCGGAGAGCCAGUUCGCUUAUCCUGGGGACAAAGAAAGAGGACCUGCCGGAGAGCCAGUUCGCUUGUGCGGAAAGCCAGUUCGCUUAUCCUGGGGACAAAGAAGGAGGACUUGCCGGAGAGCCAAUUCGCUUGUGCGGAAAGCCAGUUUGCUUAUCCUGGGUUCAAAGAAGGAGGACCUGCCGGAGAGCCAGUUCGCUUGUGCGGAGAGCCAGUUCGCUUAUUUUGGGGACAAAGAAGGAGGACCUGCCGGAGAGCCAGUUCGCUUGUGCGGAAAGCCAGUUCGCUUAUCCUGGGGACAAAGAAGGAGGACCUGCCGGAGAGCCAGUUCGCUUAUCUGGGGACAAAGAAGGAGGACCUGCCGGAGAGCCAGUUCGCUUGUGCGGAGAGCCAGUUCGCUUAUCCUGGGGACAAAGAAGGAGGACUUGCCGGAGAGGACUUGCCGGAGAGCCAAUUCGCUUGUGCGGAAAGCCAGUUUGCUUAUCCUGGGGACAAAGAAGGAGGACUUGCCGGAGAGCCAGUUCGCUUGUACGGAGAGCUAGAGGACCUGCCGGAGAGCCAGUUCGCUUGUGCGGAGAGCCAGUUCGCUUAUCCUGGGGACAAAGAAGGAGAACUUGCCGGAGUGCCAGUUCGUGCGCGGAGAGCGAGUUCGCUUAUCCUGGGGACAAAGAAGGAAGACCUGCCGGAGAGCCAGUUCGCUUGUGCGGAGAGCCAGUUCGCUUAUCCUGGGGACAAAGAAGGAGGACCUGCCGGAGAGCCAGUUUGCUUAUCCUGGGUUCAAAGAAGGAGGACCUGCCGGAGAGCCAGUUCGCUUGUGCGGGAAGCCGGUUCGCUUAUCCUGGUGACAAAGAAGGAGGACUUGCCGGAGAGCCAGUUGGCUUGUGCGGAGAGCCAGUUCGCUUAUCCUGGCGACAAAGAAGGAGGACCUGCCAGUUCGCUUGUGUGGAGAGCCAGUUCGCUUAUCCUGGGGACAAAGAAGGAGGACUUGCCGGAGAGCCAAUUCGCUUGUGCGGAGAGCCAGUUUGCUUAUAUCCUGGGUUCAAAGAAGGAGGACCUGCCGGAGAGCCAGUUCGCUUGUGCGGAGAGCGAGUUCGCUUAUUUUGAGGACAAAGAAGGAGGAAAUGAGGACCUGCCGGAGAGCCAGUUCGCUUAUCUGGGGACACAGAAGGAGGACCUGCCGGAGAGCCAGUUCGCUUGUGCGGAGAGCCAGUUCGCUCAUCCUGGGGACAAAGAAGGAGGACUUGCCGGAGAGCCAGUUCGCUUGUGCGGAGAGCCAGUUCGCUUAUCCUGGGGACAAAGAAGGAGGACCUGCCGGAGAGCCAGUUCGCUUGUGCGGAGAACCAGUUCGCUUAUCCUGGGGACAAAGAAGGAGGACCUGCCGGAGAGCCAAUUCGCUUGUGCGGAGAGCCAGUUUGCUUAUCCUGGGUUCAAAGAAGGAGGACCUGCCGGGGAGCCAGUUCGCUUGUGCGGAAAGCCAGUUCGCUUAUUUUGGGUGCAAAGAAGGAGGACCUGCCGGAGAGCUAGUUCGCUUGUGCGGAGAGCCAGUUCGCUUAUCCUGCGGACAAAGAAGGAGGACCUGCCGGAGAGCCAGUUCGCUUAUCUGGGGACAAAGAAGGAGGACCUGCCGGAGAGCCAGUUCGCUUAUCCUGGGGACAAAGAAGGAGGACUUGCCGGAGAGCCAGUUCGCUUGUGCGGAGAGCCAGUUCGCUUAUCCUGGGGACAAAGAAGGACCUGCCGGAGAGCCAGUUCGCUUGUGCGGAGAGCCAGUUCGCUUAUUUUGGUGACAAAGAAGGAAGACCUGCCGGAGAGCCAGUUCGCUUGUGCGGAGAGCCAGUUCGCUUAUCCUGGGACAAAGAAGGAGGACCUGCCGGAGAGCCAGUUCGCUUAUCCUGAGGACAAAGCCAGUUCGCUUAUCCUGGGGGAGGACUUGCCGGAGAGCCAGUUCGCUUGUGCGGAGAGCCAGUUCGCUUAUCCUGGGGACAAAGAAGGAGGACCUGCCGGAGAGCCAGUUCGCUUGUGCGGAGAGCCAGUUCGCUUAUCCUGGGAACAAAGAAGGAGGACUUGCCGGAAAGCAAAUUCGCUUGUGCGGAGAGCCAGUUUGCUUAUCCUGGGUUCAAAGAAGGAGGACCUGCCGGAGAGCCAGUUCGCUUGUGCGGAGAGCCAGUUCGCUUAUUUUGGGGAGGACCUGCCGGAGAGCCAGUUCGCUUAUCUGGGGACAAAGAAGGAGGACCUGCCGGAGAGCCAGUUCGCUUGUGCGGAGAGCCAGUUCGCUUAUCCUGGGGACAAAGAAGGAGGACUUGCCGGAGAGCCAUUUCGCUUGUGCGGAGAGCAAAUUUGCUUAUCCUGGGUUCAAAGAAGGAGGACCUGCCGGAGAGCCAGUUCGCUUGUGCGGAGAGCCAGUUCGCUUAUUUUGGGGACAAAGAAGGAGGACCUGCCGGAGAGCCAGUUCGCUUGUGCGGAGAGCCAGUUCGCUUAUCCUGGGUUCAAAGAAGGAGGACCUGCCGGAGAGCCAGUUCGCUUGUGCGGAGAGCCAGUUCGCUUAUUUUGGCGACAAAGAAGGAGGACCUGCCGGAGAGCCAGUUCGCUUGUGCAGAGAGCCAGUUCGCUUAUCCUGGGGACAAAGAAGGAGGACCUGCCGGAGAGCCAGUUCGCUUAUCCUGGGUUCAAAGAAGGAGGACUUGCCGGAGCCAAUUCCAUUGUGCGGAGAGCCAGUUUGUUUAUCCUGGGUUCAAAGAAGGAGGACCUGCCGGGAGAGCCACUUCGCUUGUACUGGGACAAAGAAGGAUAA